CUUACAGUCGAUCGAUCUGACGAUAUCAAUCAAUCACUGGGGAAGUAGGAACGAUCAGAGUCACGAUCGAGUCGCAAUGGCUGCUCUGAAGAUUGCCGCUGUGUGCAUGCUGCUCCUGUUUGUCGGCUCAGACCUGGCGCGCUGCGUUGCGUCGUCAGCAUCCCCCGGUGACGAGGAUCAGGCCGCGGCCGGCGCGCUCCUGCGGGAGUUCCUGGAGCUCGAGCUGAGCCUUCUUGCUGAACAGCACGGCGGCGUUGGCGAGUUCUGCCCGCCCGCGUGCCAGAACUGCCUCAUAAUCUGCGGGAUCACGUGUGUGCUCAACCCCAAUCCCGCCACCUGCUUCGUCAACUGCACCACCGCCAACGGUUGCUUCAGCAAGACGCUGCCGGUCGCAUAAGCCUGCAUCUGCAUUGCAUGCUUUGGGUCAGCCAUGUGUGCUUAUCUCGAUCUCAGAUUGAUUAAUGGUACCGUGUGAUUGUGUCUUAUUAGUAUGUGAUCUGUACUGCGUGUUUGGUACAAGAACCUGCUGGAGGCACCAGGUUGGCGGCCCGUGCAGACGUCCGGACGGCUCUUGGGAAGUGUAGUCGGUGACCGUGGUUAUCAACGGAUGUGAAGCGAGUAUAUAUCAUAUACAAUUGUGCAUGUAAAUGAAUGGAAUGUCUUGUAAAUGUGUUAAUUACUGUCCUCGUUCGUGUAUAUAGUAUGUAUGUAAGUAAGCUGUUUUAUGUGGAUACUCUUAACAAUACAGUACUCCAUCAGUCUCAAAA